AUGCAGGCAAUGAUAGAUACGGGUGCAACCACAUCAUUGAUAUCUCAAGCAGCACUAAAUCGCAUUCCAAAUACGGAGAGUAAACCAAGUCGAGCAGUUGCUACAUUAGGAGAUGGGAAAACCAGAAUUUUGGUCAAUGGCAUAGUCGAAUUGGACAUCAUGGUUAAGAAUAUAAACACUAUAAUACCACUUCUCGUGGUCGAAGCACUAGGUGCAGAAGUUAUACUAGGAUUGGAUUGGUGCACAUUGAAUAACGUCAACGUGAACGUGGGACAGCGGCAAGUGGAGAUGAAUGUUAGACAAUCGGAAAUGGUUAGUGUACCUUUUCUUGAAAAUGGCUCAAUUGAUGCUUGUGUUGCUACCGAUGUUGAGUUACUACCGCACCAUGAACAUAUGGUAAAAAUGCAAGUGCCAAUUUCUAAUGCUAUGAUCGUUUCUUUCUUAUCGGAUUACAAAAAAUGCUCAAAAUUAAAAAUUGAAGUUCCGGAUGCUCUGGUUGAAAUAAAAGAUUUCACGUUUUAUAUGCUUGUUUCUAACUGCAGCAAAAACGUUCACAGAUUGACGAAAAAUACUAAGCUAGGUAUUCUAACAUAUCAAUCACAGGACGACUUGACUUACAAGUUUAAUACCUUCGAUGAAUCUUUUACUACUUCGGAAACCAAGAAGGUGCACAUGAUAACGUUAGAUCAACAAAAUAAGCAUGAUUCACCGCCACUUGAUAAAGUACUGGAAGGAUUAGUGAAUCACAUCCACGAUUUACAACACCGGAAAGAUUUCUUGGAAAUCUUACAGCGAAAUAGAAGAUCAUUUGACACCUCCAAAAUGACUAAAGCAAAUACCAGAAUCCAUCACACCAUCAACACAGGUGACCAUCCGCCAAUCAGCACCAGACCAUAUUACAAAACGGUUCAACAACGAAAGACAAUGCAUGAAGAGAUAGAAAAACUAAUGGAUCAAGGAAUUUUACGGAAAUCUACAUCUCCCUGGUCAUCACCAGCGUUGCUAAAGCAGAAACCGGAUGGUAGUUACCGAUUCUUGGUUGAUUUUCGACGAUUGAAUGCAAUUAGCAAAAAGGAUUCCUAUCCACAGCCAUCUGCGGAGGAAAUGUUACACCGAUUGGCUGGACAUAAGUACUUUACAAAACUCGACUUACGUUCCGGAUAUUUUCAGAUACCAAUACACGAGUCUGAUAUCCCUAAAACGGCAAUAAUAACUCAAGAUGGCUUGUACGAAUUUACGGUUUUAGCUCAGGGACUUAUGAAUGCGCCUCCCACCUUUCAACGAGUGAUGAACGAGUUAUUGGCGAAUGGGCGUUGGGACUACGUGGUGGUUUAUCUGGAUGAUAUUUUGGUGUUUUCGAAAACAAUAGAAGAACAUAAAAGACACGUUGACGAUGUUAUCUCAACAUUGCACCAAGUAAACUUCCAGGUAUCACCACCCAAAUGCUUCAUAGCAGUAGAAACGGUCGAAUUUCUAAGUCAUAUUGUUACUGGCGAAAUGGUAAAACCAUCACCAGAAAAAAUCAAAGCGGUAGUCGAUAUGGCCCCACCGAAAACGCUCUCUCAAGCAAACAAGUUUAUAGGUAAAAUUAAUUAUUACCGAAAAUUUAUACAUGAUUUUGCACGGAUCGCCGCUCCAAUCCAUCAGGUUACCAACAAAACAAGAACGAAACGCAAUGAGUUCCGAUGGGGUGAUGAGCAGCAGCGUGCGUUUAAUGAAUUUAAAACUAUUUUAACCACGGCACCUCUGUUCCUUGACUUCCCAGAUCGAUCAGUACCAUUUAUACUUUCAACAGAUGCUAGUGAUAUCAGAAUUGCUGGCAUUCUCAAGCAACAUACGGCCAAUGGAUUGAAAAUAUGUUAUUAUAAAUCAAGGCUAUUAAGUGACACAGAAAGAAGAUACUCGGCAACGGAACGUGAAGCUCUAGCAAUAUAUUGGUGUAUGUCCGAACUAAGAAACUAUAUCGGUGAUAGUGAGCUAAUCAUUGAGACAGACCACAAACCAUUAGCAAAUAUGCACAAGAAGAAAACCUAUGGAAAUAAACGAAUUGAUAGCUGGUUGCUAAAACUGCAGGAUUUGCUGCCACAGAUUAAUGAAAUAAAGUACCGACGUGGCAUUGAUAAUGCGGGACCGGAUUAUCUUACUCGAUGUGAAAUCGAUGAAACAAACUCCGAUAAUACAAAACUCAAUGCCAUAACCAGAUCAAUGACACGUGCAGAUGAACAAACCAAUAUAUCAAAACCAAAUCCAACUAUAGACACAACCAACAUGGCAAGGCCAGUAGUAAAGUUGAACAAGUCUAUGAAUGAUUUGAGCGUUGAGAACAUCAAGGUUGAACAAAUCAACGACGAGAAUAUCCAACUGAUAAUAUCAAAGAUUCGAGCAAAGAAACGAACCGAUAAUUUUAUCAUUCACAAUGGAUUGUUAUAUCGGUUAGUUGCGAAGAAAAAAACUGGCGUGAAAAGUAGAGUUUUAUACUUACCCAAAUCUCUGGUCAAUGACAUGCUCGAGUUGUAUCAUGAUCACCCAAUGAGUGGACAUUUUGGAGUUGGACGGACACUACAUAAAGUUAGAACAAAAUUUUGGUGGCCAAAUAUGCGUCAAUCAAUCGAACAGUAUAUAUCAUCGUGUAUAUUGUGUUCGCAGUUCAAUAUCGUUCGGAGUAAACCUGAGGGUCAUCUUAGAUCCUUUGAGCCGCCGGCGGAAGUGUUUCAGGUAAUGCAUAUGGAUUUUUGGGGACCAGUUCCUACGUCAUCGCAAGGUAAUCGGUAUGUGAUUGUACUGACAGACAAUUUGUCCAAAUAUGUAAUGGCAAGAGCAACACCGGAUAACACCGCCAUAACUACUGCCGAAUUUAUCGUCAAUGAUUUUAUCCUAGUACAUGGAGCGCCGGAACGGAUAAUCACCGACAAUGGAGUGCAUUUUAAUAAUAAACUAAUGGAAACGAUCGCACAAUCUAUGAACAUAAAUCACGCGUUUUCUGCUGUAUAUCAUCCAGCCACCAAUGGACAAGUAGAGCGUUUCAACGCUACGUUUUGUACGCAGUUGGCGAAGUAUUACAAUGAGAAUACGAGUGAUUGGGAUGAAUACCUUCAAUCAAUAGUUUAUGCCUAUAACACCGGCAUACAUAGCACAACAGGUUAUCCACCGUAUGAACUCGCAUUCGGUAGAAAACAGAAAAGUCCAUUUGACUCUACUUCACAAGAUAUCACUUUUACCAAACCCAAUGAGUUUUAUGAAUAUCUACAAAAGACACGUCGUAUUCUUAUGAAUGCAGCUCGUGUUGCUAUACGUCGUCAACAAAACACAACAAGGCAACGGUACAACAAGAAUCGCAAAGAUGCUUCAUAUGAUCUUGGGGACUUGGUAUUUCUUAAAGUGUGUACAAGUCGACAAAAACUUGACGAACGAUGGACAGGACCAUGGCAAGUAAUUGAUAAAAAAGGAGAACAACACUAUUUAAUUCAAUUGGAUGGGGAAGAAAAAACCACAUGGGCUCAUAUAAAUCAACUAAAACCAUUAGUAGAGCGGGCAAUGUAA